GGAAAUAUUGAAGUUUGGCAUGGUAAUGCUGAUAUGAUUUUAAAUAAAUGUACCGUCACUGUGAACAAAGAAUAUGAUGAAGCUAGAAGAUCAACCAGACAUCAAGCAGAACAUUACGACAGUGAUUCCGAUGCCAGUGUUAGUUCAAGUUCUAGCUUUUCAUUUGUUGAGGUUAAAUGUCAUGAAAAGGCAGGUGACAAACAGUUAUGUAGGCAAGAAGAAGCAGAGGCUCAAGCUAUAGCACAGACAAUUACAAAUGCAUUCUGUGAGGAAAGUAAUAGAGAUGAGUUAAUUCCAUCUUUUUUAGCUACAAAUGAAAAGGUUAAGAUCUACAUGUACUGUUGUAGCAAAGAUGUACUCCUUGAAAGUAAUUACAUACCUAUUUGUCCAAAUGGGUCAUUGAGCAUAAAAACUCUGGUAUUGGUGUGGCUGGCAUUAAAUUUUGACUUCUAUCAAGUAUCAGAUGUCUUUGGUGAGAAAUUCAGAGACAGACUUGAAUAUGAAUUGCCACUGUCAAAUUUUCAUAAAAUUGUAGGUGAAGAUGCCUUGAAACUCUAUCAGCAUGAAGCAAGUAGACAUUUAAUAAAAAAACAAGGUGACCAAAUGGAGGAAGUAGAGAUACCAUUUCAUCCUAGUUUUUACAAACUUUCAAUUAUUGACAAAGAUAUGUUUGAUAUCAUUCAGCUGAUGGAUAAAAUAAGUUUAAUAGGGAAGAAAUAAUUUUGAACAAAACAAUCUGGACAAGAAAGCUUGUUAAUACUUUUAUUGCAUAUGUAAACCUGUUGUCAGUGCUUUUAUAGUAGAAGGUUGAAUACUACUAAAACUUUUACCUGGGAUUGUGAGAGAUGUUGGGCUCUCCAUUAUUUGUAUGAAAGUCAAAUUGACACAAGAGUCUGCAAUAUUUUCAAUUAUUGUUCAAUUGUCGUCCAGGGUUUGAACAUUUUCUGGAAGUUUUGUUUCAUAUAUUUAUGUAUGUUAUUAUUAUGCCUUUCAGAGAUAAUUUAGAAAAUGUCAGUGUGAUAGCAAAUAAUAUUACAGUUUGAAUUGACACAAUGUACACAUAUUUUUUGUUAAUGUACCAUAAAACCCAAACAAGAUUGGACUGUGAUGUAGCACUUUGAUUUCCAUCCUAGAAUUCUGAAAUUGAAACUAUUUUAAUGGCAGCAUUAUUGAUAUGACACUAGAUAAAUGUAUUUAUUUUCACAUAAAGAUACUUUAUUUCUCAUUAAAGCAGCACGCCUCCAGAUUCAUGUUAAUUUUCAUGAAAAUUUUGGAAAUAUAUUUAAAAGUAAAAUAAUGUGAGAUGAACAAAUUAAGUAAUUUACAUAUUUCAAUUGGCACUUACAAUCCACGAAAGUUACCAAAAAGUGGUCAACAUAUGCAAAAACAGCCCAAGUUUAUGCGUUAGUAAUGCAGUAGAAAUAUGGCAAUAAAAUACUGCAAAAUCGGUGUUAACCGUAUAUAACAUGUUAAAUAUAACUUGUACCUUGAAUGUUUUUACCUUUCUUAAAAGUUUAGUGCAUUUUUCUCAAUAUUGAUUUUCUUGAAAUAUUUUGGCUCAUCUGGAGGCGUGCAGUUUUAAGGAGUGAUAUUUUUUCUUAUGUUGUGCUAGACAUUAGUAAAAACAUUUAUUUAUUAUUUUAAGAGUCUUUACAUAAAAACAAACAAAUAUUCUCUAUAAUUAUAUGAAAUGACAAGUUAUGUGAGAUUUUAUAUUAUUGUUGAAAGUGUUAUAAAUCACAUAAACUAAUUUCAUGAAUGAAUUCACAUUUUAAAUACAGUUGACUCUCAAUAAGUCAUUAUGGCGUACGCAAAAUUCCAUGUUAGUCGAAGAAUUUAUAAAUUCCCGUCAAAUUUCCUUCUUUAUCUUUGUAUUUGUACUCCGCUUAAGGUCAAAUUUUGACUUAUUAAAACUUUUUUUUAGUGGAAAGGAGUUUUUGGUCCUGUCGAUUAAAGCCCAACAUAUUUUCAUUUCAUUUAGUUAUUGUACUUCUAUAGUAAUGAAUUAUUGUAAACAUGUGCUUAAUAUUAUUACUGAUGAAUACUGACCAACUUGAUUUGCAUUUAUAUCAUUGCUACAACUGUUUGGGUUUAUGUUUCACUACUAAUAAUUAGAUGUAUUGUGUUUCACUAUUAAUAUAGAUGUAUUGUGUUUUACUAUUAAUAUAGAUUUAAUUUUAAAUAAUAUCUUUCUGUUCAUUUAUAAUUUGUAGUUAUAAGUGAUUAACCAUCAUUUCAAGCAUUGCUGUUAUCAACAAUAACAAACCUACUACUUUGGACAUAAUAAAUCAAUUAGGCACAUGUAUAUACAUGUACGAAUGUAAACGUAA